UUUAUUUAUUGUGAAAGGUUCAGAUCGGAAGUCAUGUUGUGCUGCUGAUCCGUAUGUUUUGGCCGACCACAAGCUAUGCUAGCCGAUGUAUUAAAUUAUCGUUAGUUUGUCUAUUGUAGUUAUGAGAAAGAGCCUGGAACCAGUUCGUUAAUGCGUGUAUGAUGUGUAAUGAGCAGACAUGAGCGUCACUUUGGAUAUAAGACUGAAGAGAGCAAACAAAAUUUAUCAUGAGGGCGAAACAGUGGCCGGUGUGAUCGUGCUGGUGUGUAAGGAGCCACUGCAGCACCAUGGCAUUUCUCUGAACAUGGAGGGACUGGUGAACCUACAGCUGAGCUCCAAGAGCGUUGGUGUCUUUGAAGCUUUCUACAACUCUGUUAAGCCCAUCCAACUGAUCAGCAGUAAUGUCGAGGUGGCCAAGGCAGGAAAGAUCCCGGGAGGCAAGACUGAGAUCCCCUUUGAGUUCCCUCUGCUCACCAAAGGCAACAAAGUGCUGUACGAGACCUACCACGGUGUCUUCGUCAACAUCCAGUACACCCUCCGCUGUGACAUGAAGCGCUCUCUGCUGGCCAAAGACCUGAGCAGGAACUGUGAGUUCAUUGUGCACUGUCAGCCACAGAAAGCUAAAGUUAUCCCCACUCCGGUCAACUUCACCAUCACCCCUGGUACCUUGCAGAACACCCGGGAGAGGAGUUUACUGCCAAAGUUUCUCAUCAGAGGCCAUUUAGAUGCUACCAGCUGUGUGAUCAGCCAGCCGCUGACAGGAGAGGUGGUGGUGGAGAACUCAGAUGUUCCCAUCAAGAGUAUUGAACUGCAGCUUGUGCGAGUAGAGACUUGUGGUUGUGCUGAAGGCUAUGCCCGAGAUGCCACAGAGAUCCAGAAUAUCCAGAUAGCUGAAGGUGAUGUCUGCCAUGGCCUCUCUAUUCCCAUCUACAUGGUCUUCCCCAGGCUGUUCACCUGCCCAACACUGGAGACCACCAACUUCAAAGUCGAGUUUGAAGUCAACAUUGUCGUUGUGCUUCAUGACGAUCACCUGAUCACAGAGAACUUCCCUCUGAAGCUAUGCCGAGUCUGAAUGUGGACAUCAAUUAACACAAGUUCACUGGAGGCUACUGCCACUGUCUUUAUACCUCCUGCAACAGAACACUGUAGAUUUUGCAACCACAACUUCUGCCCACAUUUCAAGUACUUCUGUCAGUAUUGCUGUGUUGUGAUACUGUGUUGUAAUACUAUGAAAACUUCUAAUGUUAUAGACUCUUCCCUUGUGGUCACAUGAUUAGUCUUCAUAACUGGGGUCCAGACACAUGCAGUAAAACAGCAUGGGGAAAAUGUGAAGUACUCUGCCUUGAUGACCCCACCAGUAAGGAUUUCCCAUCUUAGGCCAAAACUUUAGCAGCAUUUAAAAAAAGAAGGGUACUCUGGUUUUGAGAGUGCAAUUUCCAGUCCCUGUUUUUGUUGUAUUUUCUUCAAUAGCUAUUGCUUUCUGGUUCUGUGUUUAAUAUCAAAGAUAUCAGGCACUGGCGGGUCUUAGUUCUUCACUAGAUACAGUGAAGAACUAAGACCUGAACCAGUACCGUUUAAAAAACGGAACAUGGUGAAACAGAUGGGGCCUAAAAAUUGUGCU